AUGGGUGGCCUAUUAAGUAUUCUUCGUGGAGCCAAUGAGGAUGAAGUAGUCGAUAUUCCAGUAGAUUUCACUGGCGCCAAACCAUGUGCAGAAGAGGCCGCCAUGUUUGCAAUGCUGGAUGAAAUUCUCAAGCCUGCUGAAGAUCACAUAUCUACUCUGAGAGGAUAUUCAGGGUGUGGUGAACACAUAAGAAAGGCUAUAUCGACUCCAAACAAGGACACCGAAGAAGCUGCAUGGAAUGCAGUUUUACCAUGUGUCCUGAAACUAAAAGAUUACUAUGAAUUCAGUUUACGGAUCGAGGAGGUCUACCCAAAAGUGCUGGAAUUCUUUUGUCAAGGUGACCUAUACAAACAAUUGGAAACAUGUCAGGCUACCGCCAAACGAUUCGCCGAUUUGCUUUACUUUUGCUCGCAGUUCGAUGAGCUAAAGAUGUCCAACCCAAACAUUCAAAACGACUUUUCAUACUACCGCCGAACACUCAAUCGUCUCCGUAACCAGAACGGCGGACAGGUACCAGCAAACACUGUAGUAGGAGAUGAUUUGGCCAACCGAAUGAGUUUGUUUUACGCUUUUGCAAACCCAAUGACCAAGGCCAUUACAGAUAAGACAACUGCUGCCAUUGCUGCUAGCAAAGGAGCCAUCACAGAACAAAUCAGCGAACUCUUUUCUCUUAUUGCAGCCAUUUGUUAUAACUAUGUCGCUAAAGAGAGGACGGGAUCAAUCGACAUGGUCUCAUACUGCCUCCGCGUGAUGGUCUCAUGUAUCGUCAUAUACGACCACGUCUCACCAACCGGUGUGUUUGCAAAGGGCUCCAAAGUAAAUAUCAAGGCAUCCGUCAAAGUGAUUCGAGAUGCCGGUGCUGGAUCUGGAGAGCUCUUGUUGAAUGCUCUGAGAUAUACCACUGUACAUUUGAAUGACGAGAGUACACCAAAGGGAAUCAAGGCAUUGUUGAACAAUCCUCCUACACCGCAGUAG